CUCACCAUGGAAGACGAUCGCACAACCGGCAACCACCGUGGAUCCGACGAAUCGCCGCCUCUGCCUCAGCCUCCGCCACCACAAUCCUACCAUGAACACACCACCGCCUGCGUCAACUGCGGCGGCCCCACCUCCUUCCCACCGCCACCGUCAUGGUCUGACAACUCUCCUCCCCCCUUUUACCGUCCCAUCCGUGCUCCGGCAAUCAACCUCCCUCCCAACAACAACGCGCAACAGACCAUUAUCCUAACACCUGUUCCUCAAGCGCAAAAAGUUCCCGUCGUCUCUCCACCGUACCACUUCCAAACCCCAACGAAAAUGAUUCACUCCGACGACGAUAUUCGCCGUUUUCGUGAUUCUGCUACUUCCAAAAACUACCUCGGGUUCGUCGUAGCUCUCUCAGAAUCUAUUCGUAGCCACAAGAUCUCUGAUCCUUGUCACAUGUCUCCAGUCAUCACCUCCAUCAUCUCCAUCCUCCAAACGCUAAUUCAAUUUGUAGACGAAAUCCCGCCUCUCCAACAAUCUGCUCGGUACGGCAACCUUGCUUAUCGGGAUUGGCACAGCCGUAUGACUGAAAGUGCGGAUUCCUUAACGCUGCAAUUCCUCCCCGCCGAUCUCAAUUCCGCCACGGUGGAGCUCACCCCUUACUUUACUGAUAGUUUUGGGAAUUCCAGCCGAAUAGACUACGGAACUGGACACGAGACCAAUUUUGCUGCUUGGUUGUAUUGUCUUGCAAGGUUGGGAAUCAUAACUGAAGAGGAUUAUCAAGCUGUUGUUUGUAGGGUUUUCGUGAAAUACCUUGAACUGAUGCGGAUGUUGCAGCUGGUUUAUUCCUUAGAGCCUGCUGGAUCCCAUGGGGUUUGGGGCCUUGAUGACUACCACUUCCUGCCGUUCAUUUUUGGGGCUUCGCAAUUGAUAGAUCACAAGCAUAUGAAACCCAAAUCCAUUCAUAAUGAGGAUAUACUCGAUAAUUUUUCAAAAGAGUAUCUAUAUCUAUCGUGUAUUAACUUUGUAAAGAAGGUUAAGAAGGGGCCAUUUGCAGAGCAUUCGCCAUUGUUGGAUGAUAUUAGUGGUGUGCCGAACUGGAACAAGGUGAAUAGUGGAUUGCUUAAGAUGUACAAAGUGGAGGUCAUGGAAAAAGUUCCUAUUAUGCAGCAUUUCCUCUUUGGUUGGCUCAUCAAGUGGGAGUAAAUUCGGAUUCGCUGCUUGUUGAUUUACCUCCCCCAUGAUGACUGUGGGACCGGUGCAGUCGGGGUGGCUCAGACGGUGGCCGUCUAUUAUUUUCUCUGCAGUUUUGAAGCAACAGAUAGAGAGGAGGUUUUGAAGUUUUAAUAGUGUAAUGAGAUUCAAACUGUGUUGUACUGCUUAACCUGCUCAUGUAUUAUGCAAUCUAGAUAUCUCUUAGUCUCACAUCCC